GCCUUUUGUUGGUUCCACGCCAAUCUGCCGGGUGUCGUAGUGAACCCCGGGAGACUGGCAGGAGUGCACGUUGCACAGCAGCCAGACAAUCUCUCGGUCAGGUGAUGGGUGCUUGCUGCUCUGAAGUCGAGCAGGCGCCCAGCGGAAAGUUGCCCGCGCCCGUGCCGACACUUCCAUAUCAAGGCCAAGAUGAGAACCGCUUGCCGCCAGCUGCUCCGCUCUACAAUGUUGAGGAGGCCGUCCCCGACAAUGUGGAAGGAGGUGAAUGCGAAACGCAGGUCUCUGAGAUGGUGGAUGAGGUCACGGCGAAGGAGCAGCGGCAACAAGCCAAGCAGGUGGUCAAAGACUUUGUCAAAGAGAUGGUCAAAGGCCGCAAGAUGAAUGUCAUGACUCAGGCUGGCCAGCUGAAAAGCUGUGUGGUGUCCCUGAACCGGAACUUGGAUGCACUGAAAAUCAAGGUAGGCUCCCAGACUCGCAGCAUCGCCCUCCGGGACAUCGAUGAGAUCGCAGCAGGAGCAGAUGUGGAAGGCAUUUCCACCCCGUUGGACGAGCUCUGCGCCACGCUGAUGCUCUCCGACGACUGCAUCACCUUCCGCUUCGCGGAUCUCAAUGGCCGGGACACCUUCGUCAUGUGCUUACUCAUGUUCUGCAACAGUCAGAAGUGAGAGCCGAGCUCGCGGACAUAGAGCAGCUCCUUUUCCGCUCGAAAGAGUAGCUCUUUGGAUGGAUGUGGACCA